ACUUUCCACUGCUUAGCAUCAUUCCGAGUUUGUUUUCUGUUCUGUUCGAACGUAAACCUUAUUCUCUGUGAAAAUGACUGGUCGUGGAAAGGGAGGAAAGGGAUUGGGAAAAGGAGGAGCAAAGCGCCAUCGCAAAGUGUUGCGUGAUAACAUCCAAGGUAUCACCAAGCCCGCCAUCCGUCGUCUGGCUCGUCGAGGUGGAGUGAAACGUAUCUCAGGAUUGAUUUACGAAGAGACCCGUGGUGUCUUGAAAGUGUUCCUUGAGAACGUGAUCCGUGACGCCGUCACUUACACCGAACACGCCAAGAGGAAGACCGUCACCGCCAUGGACGUCGUCUAUGCUCUCAAGCGUCAAGGCCGUACUCUUUACGGUUUCGGCGGUUAAUUUACUCAUCAUCGUCAUCAUCCAAACAA